UUUUAUAUUGAAUGAUUGUGUCACAAGGGCUAAAAUAAACUUUUUAUUAAAGAAGAACCUUUCCUGAAAAUAACACUUAGAACAAAUUCAAGAUGUUGAUGAGCGUUAACGUCCAGGGCGAACGCCACAAGGGCAUGGAAACACAUUGGUAUGUUCCGGCGGGAAAGUCACUAAAUGAAACAAAAAUAGACGAACGAAAAUUUGAACUUCAUACAACGUCGGAUGCAUGGAAGAAGAUAACAGGACAUUUGGAUAGAAAAAAGUUGCAAGCUUUAGAGAUACAAAAAGAAAUCGAUCAUAGAAAUUAUAUUAAAGAAAUGUCCAAUGCUAUGACUGAGAAUUGGGACAACUCGGUCGAGAACAUACGUAAACGUAAAGAAGAGGAACGUAUACAAAGAAUAGAACAAUCUAAGGAAGACAAGAUGCAGAGAUUUCUUAUGCUGAGGAAAGAACAAGAGGAAAUACGACAGCAGUAUAUAAAAGACAAAAGAAAAGAGUUGUAUGUUAUGCACGGUCCGCCAAAAGAACUAAACAGUGCUUUAAUUCUUUCUGAAGUAAUUUAUGAAAGAGAAAAGCAAAAGGAAAUGAAAGAUUUUCUUGAACAGCAUAGGAUUGAAGAAGAAGCCAAAUAUGCGGCAAAAGUAAAACAAGGUGCAAUUGAUGAAGCGAGGGAGAAGCAAGAAGAAAAGGAAAAGGAAAAAUUGAAAAAAUUGGAAACGAGGAGGAUUUAUUUAAAACAAAUAGAAGAAAAUAAAAAGGCUGCCGAAUCAGAAAAACAGGAACGAAUCAAACAAGAACUUAACGACAUUCUAGCUGCUGGAAGAGAAGCUGUACAAAUGAAAAAGAAUGAGAUUGAAGAGGAGUUACAAAAGCGCAAUGACAUAAAAAAGGAGUUUGAUGAUUUUUACAAACGACAAAAACAAUAUAAAAUACAAACGGAGAAAGAAGAAAUUGAACAAACUCAAGUCAUUGAAUUAUUUGCAAAUGCUAAAUGUAGAAUCGAAGAAACCAGAAAAAGAACAGAACAAGAGCUUCUAGCAGAGAAAAGACGAAGAGCAGAAAAAAUAGCUGAAAAAGUUGCAGCAGUAGCUGCAAGUAAACAAGAGGAGGAGGAAAGGAUUUUAAGGGAAGCAAAUGAAGAGAAAGAAAGACUAGAGUUGGAAAAAAUCGCAGCGAGGGCAGAAUAUGAUAAGAUGUUAUUAACGGAAAGAUUAGAAAAUCGACAAAAGGUUUUGAAAGAGCAGGAAAGAGGAAAAUAUAUUGACGGAGAAAUGAGGAAAUGGAUAAUGUUAAAUAGAUAUAAAGGUAACGAGGUAGUAAGAUCUAAAGAGGAGGAUAAGAAAAAGAGAAGAUGGGAAGAUAUUCUGAGAUAUCGCGGGGAGUUACUUGAACAAAUUAAAGAAAAAAAGCAAAGAGAUUUGAAGGAGUUAGAAAUAAUAAAGUGCGAGUUCGAACAAGAAAAGGAUAAAUUUAAGAGCGACGAUGAUGACUUCUUCAAAUAUGCUAAAGAGGUUACCGAUCAGGCUCUACGCAGAGGAAGACUUUUGUAUCCGAUAAACCAAGUAAUUAUGAAAUAUCAAAAAGAUAACAAUUUGGCACCAUCAUAUAAUGGAAAAACGUGUACUAUACGGGCAAGGAUGCAAAAAGAACUUGUGAAUUGUACUCCCGGAAAAAUGGCUCAUGACCCACGAACGGAUCCUAAUUUGAAAGAUAAAAGAGAAGCAUUUAAACAAUUUAUUUACACUUGAUAUAUUUUUAUGAAAAAUAAAUUCUCUUCCUGUAUGUU